UGAGCGCGGCGCUCUCUCGCGCGCCCGGUGUCUCCCUCUCCCUGCCUCUGCAGAAACAGCUCCCUGCCAGAACGGCGCUCGGCGCGGCGCGGCCCGGAGCGGCGGCGGCGGCGCCUCUUCCUGCCUGCUCGCCCUCAGGAGUUGCUGGAUCUUUUUGACAGAGAAAAGCCGACGGGGGGCCUCGGGGACGACUCGGCACGAGCGGGCGGAGACGUUUCAGCCCCCUGCUGACCCGGGCGGACCCCCUCUCCCCCGUCUGGGGGUCUGCCGCUCCCCCACUCCCCUCCUUUCCGCCUCUUCUUGCUCUGCCUCUCUCGAUUGAUUUUUUUCAAAUGGUGUAGCCGCCAGAGGUGCGGUGCUAAAUUCUUGGAAGGGGCCCGGAUGUACUGAGGAUGCAUUACAAUUUCACAAAAGGAGGCAGUAGUGGAAAGGAGCAGUUUUUGGUGUUUGAUGCAAUAAUGGGAAUCAGGUAAUCAUCAGAAGGGAAGAAGAAAUACUGCAGAUCCACGGCUUCCUUGAAUUUUGCACGAAAGCCGACCUCGGAGGAGGGAUUUAAUCCAGACCCGCUUGGGGGUGUUUUGCCAUUUCUUCCUCUUCGUGGCUUCUUCUCCUUUUAAAACAAUUUUUGGUCCAUGGUCAAUGAGAACACGAGGAUGUACAUUCCAGAGGAAAACCAUCAAGGUUCCAACUAUGGGAGCCCGCGCCCAGCUCAUGCCAACAUGAACGCCAAUGCUGCUGCGGGGCUCGCCCCUGAGCACAUCCCUACGCCGGGGGCUGCCUUGUCCUGGCAGGCGGCCAUUGAUGCGGCCCGGCAGGCCAAGCUAAUGGGCAGCGCCGGCAACGCAACCAUCUCCACGGUCAGCUCCACGCAGCGGAAGCGGCAGCAGUAUGGGAAGCCCAAGAAGCAGGGCAGCACGACGGCCACGCGCCCGCCCCGCGCCCUGCUCUGCCUGACUCUGAAGAACCCCAUCAGGAGGGCGUGCAUCAGCAUCGUCGAAUGGAAACCAUUUGAAAUAAUUAUUUUACUGACUAUUUUUGCCAAUUGUGUGGCCUUAGCGAUCUAUAUUCCCUUUCCAGAAGACGACUCCAACGCCACCAAUUCCAACCUGGAACGAGUGGAAUAUCUCUUUCUCAUAAUUUUUACUGUGGAAGCAUUUUUAAAAGUAAUAGCCUAUGGACUUCUCUUUCACCCCAACGCUUACCUCCGCAAUGGUUGGAAUUUACUAGAUUUUAUAAUUGUGGUUGUAGGGCUUUUUAGUGCAAUUUUAGAACAAGCAACCAAAGCCGACGGGGCAAAUGCUCUGGGAGGGAAAGGAGCUGGAUUUGACGUGAAGGCACUGAGGGCAUUCCGUGUGCUGCGCCCGUUGCGCCUGGUGUCUGGAGUCCCAAGCCUCCAGGUGGUUCUGAAUUCCAUUAUCAAGGCUAUGGUGCCCCUGCUGCAUAUUGCCCUGUUAGUGCUGUUUGUCAUCAUCAUCUAUGCCAUCAUUGGCCUGGAGCUUUUCAUGGGGAAGAUGCAUAAGACCUGCUACAACCAGGAGGGCAUAGCAGAUGUUCCAGCAGAAGAUGAUCCUUCCCCUUGUGCUCUGGAGACAGGCCAUGGGCGGCAGUGUCAGAACGGCACUGUCUGCAAGCCCGGGUGGGACGGGCCCAAGCACGGCAUCACCAACUUCGACAAUUUUGCCUUCGCCAUGUUGACGGUGUUCCAGUGCAUCACCAUGGAGGGCUGGACAGAUGUGCUGUACUGGGUCAAUGAUGCCGUAGGAAGGGACUGGCCCUGGAUCUAUUUUGUUACACUAAUCAUCAUAGGGUCAUUUUUUGUACUUAACUUGGUUCUCGGUGUUCUUAGCGGAGAGUUUUCCAAAGAGAGGGAGAAGGCCAAGGCUCGGGGAGAUUUCCAGAAGCUUCGAGAGAAGCAGCAGCUAGAAGAGGACCUGAAGGGCUACCUGGACUGGAUCACCCAGGCAGAAGACAUUGACCCCGAGAAUGAGGAUGAAGGCAUGGAUGAGGAAAAGCCCCGAAACAGAGGCACUCCAGCGGGCUUGCUUGAUCAGAAGAAAGGGAAGUUUGCUUGGUUUAGUCACUCCACAGAAACCCAUGUGAGCAUGCCCACAAGCGAGACCGAGUCUGUCAACACCGAAAACGUGGCUGGAGGUGACAUCGAGGGAGAGAACUGCGGGGCCAGGCUGGCCCACCGGAUUUCCAAAUCAAAGUUCAGCCGCUAUUGGCGCCGGUGGAAUCGGUUCUGUAGAAGAAAGUGUCGUGCUGCAGUCAAGUCUAAUGUCUUCUACUGGCUUGUGAUCUUCCUUGUGUUCCUCAACACACUCACCAUCGCUUCGGAACACUACAACCAGCCCCACUGGCUCACGGAGGUCCAAGACACGGCCAACAAGGCACUGCUGGCCCUUUUCACUGCAGAGAUGCUGCUGAAGAUGUACAGCCUGGGCCUGCAGGCCUACUUUGUCUCCCUGUUCAACCGCUUCGACUGCUUCAUUGUGUGUGGGGGCAUCCUGGAGACCAUCCUGGUAGAGACCAAGAUCAUGUCUCCCUUGGGCAUCUCUGUGCUGAGAUGUGUCCGGCUACUGCGGAUAUUUAAAAUCACAAGGUACUGGAACUCCUUAAGCAACCUGGUGGCAUCCUUGCUGAAUUCUGUGCGCUCCAUUGCCUCCCUGCUGCUGCUCCUCUUCCUCUUCAUCAUCAUCUUCUCCCUCCUGGGGAUGCAGCUCUUUGGAGGAAAGUUCAACUUUGAUGAAAUGCAGACCCGGAGGAGCACAUUUGAUAACUUUCCCCAGUCCCUUCUCACCGUGUUUCAGAUCCUGACCGGGGAGGACUGGAAUUCGGUGAUGUAUGAUGGGAUCAUGGCUUAUGGCGGCCCCUCUUUUCCAGGGAUGUUAGUCUGUAUUUACUUCAUCAUCCUCUUCAUCUGUGGAAACUAUAUCCUACUGAAUGUGUUCUUGGCCAUUGCUGUGGACAACCUGGCGGAUGCUGAGAGCCUCACGUCUGCCCAAAAGGAGGAGGAAGAAGAGAAGGAGAGAAAGAAGCUGGCCAGACCGGCCAGGACUGCCAGCCCAGAGAAGAAACAAGAGGUGGUGGAGAAGCCAGCAGUGGAGGAGACCAAGGAGGAGAAAAUUGAACUGAAAUCUAUUACUGCUGAUGGAGAGUCCCCACCCACCACCAAGAUCAACAUGGAUGACCUCCAGCCCAAUGAAAAUGAGGAUAAGAGUCCCUACCCCAACCCAGAAAAUACAGGAGAAGAGGAUGAGGAGGAGCCUGAGAUGCCUGUAGGCCCCCGCCCCCGCCCACUCUCGGAGCUGCACCUGAAGGAAAAGGCAGUGCCCAUGCCAGAAGCCAGUGCGUUUUUCAUCUUCAGCCCCAACAACAGAUUUCGCCUCCAGUGUCACCGCAUUGUCAAUGACACGAUCUUCACCAACCUGAUCCUCUUCUUCAUUCUGCUCAGCAGCAUUUCCCUGGCGGCUGAGGACCCCGUCCAGCACACCUCCUUCAGGAACCAUAUUCUGUUUUAUUUUGACAUUGUUUUCACUACCAUUUUCACCAUUGAAAUUGCUCUGAAGAUGACUGCUUAUGGGGCUUUCCUACACAAGGGCUCUUUUUGCCGAAACUACUUCAACAUCUUGGACCUGCUGGUGGUCAGCGUGUCCCUCAUUUCCUUUGGCAUCCAGUCCAGUGCAAUCAACGUGGUGAAGAUCUUGCGAGUCCUGAGAGUCCUCAGGCCCCUGAGGGCCAUCAACAGGGCCAAGGGGCUAAAGCACGUGGUUCAGUGCGUGUUCGUCGCCAUCCGGACCAUCGGGAACAUCGUGAUUGUAACCACGCUGCUUCAGUUCAUGUUCGCCUGCAUCGGUGUGCAGCUUUUCAAGGGAAAGCUCUACACCUGCUCAGAUAGUUCCAAACAGACUGAGGCAGAAUGCAAGGGUAACUACAUCACAUACAAAGAUGGGGAGGUCGAUCACCCCAUCAUCCAACCCCGCAGCUGGGAGAACAGCAAGUUUGACUUUGACAACGUUCUGGCGGCCAUGAUGGCCCUCUUUACCGUCUCUACCUUUGAGGGAUGGCCAGAGCUGCUGUACCGCUCCAUUGACUCCCACACAGAAGACAAGGGCCCCAUCUACAACUACCGUGUGGAGAUCUCCAUCUUUUUCAUCAUCUACAUCAUCAUCAUUGCCUUCUUCAUGAUGAACAUCUUCGUGGGUUUCGUCAUCGUCACCUUCCAGGAGCAGGGGGAGCAGGAAUACAAGAACUGUGAGCUGGACAAGAACCAGCGACAAUGCGUGGAAUAUGCCCUCAAGGCCCGGCCCCUGCGGAGGUACAUCCCCAAGAACCAGCACCAGUACAAAGUGUGGUACGUGGUCAACUCCACCUACUUUGAAUACCUGAUGUUCGUCCUCAUCCUUCUCAACACCAUCUGCUUGGCCAUGCAGCACUAUGGCCAAAGCUGCCUCUUCAAAAUUGCCAUGAACAUCCUCAACAUGCUCUUCACUGGCCUCUUCACCGUGGAGAUGAUUCUGAAGCUCAUUGCCUUCAAACCCAAGCACUAUUUCUGUGAUGCAUGGAAUACAUUUGACGCCUUGAUUGUUGUGGGUAGCAUUGUUGAUAUAGCAAUCACCGAGGUAAACCCAGCUGAACAUACCCAAUGCUCUCCCUUUAUGAAUGCAGAGGAGAACUCCCGCAUCUCCAUCACCUUCUUCCGCCUCUUCCGGGUCAUGCGCCUGGUCAAGCUGCUGAGCCGAGGGGAGGGCAUCCGGACCUUGCUCUGGACCUUCAUCAAGUCCUUCCAGGCCCUGCCCUAUGUGGCUCUUCUAAUAGUGAUGCUGUUCUUCAUCUACGCAGUGAUCGGGAUGCAGGUGUUUGGGAAAAUUGCCUUGAAUGACACCACAGAGAUCAAUCGGAACAACAACUUCCAGACCUUCCCCCAAGCUGUGCUGCUUCUCUUCAGGUGUGCCACAGGGGAGGCAUGGCAGGAUAUCAUGCUGGCCUGCAUGCCAGGGAAGAAGUGUGCCCCCGAGUCGGAGCCCAGCAACAGCACAGAAGGUGAAACACCCUGUGGCAGCAGCUUCGCGGUCUUCUACUUCAUCAGCUUCUACAUGCUCUGUGCCUUCCUGAUCAUCAACCUCUUUGUAGCUGUCAUCAUGGACAACUUUGACUACCUGACAAGGGACUGGUCAAUUCUUGGUCCCCAUCAUCUGGAUGAAUUUAAAAGAAUCUGGGCAGAGUAUGAUCCUGAAGCCAAGGGUCGUAUCAAACACCUGGACGUGGUGACCCUGCUCCGGCGGAUUCAGCCCCCACUGGGUUUUGGGAAGCUAUGUCCUCACCGCGUGGCUUGCAAACGCCUGGUCUCCAUGAACAUGCCUCUGAACAGUGAUGGGACAGUCAUGUUCAAUGCUACCCUGUUCGCCCUGGUCCGGACAGCCCUGCGGAUCAAAACAGAAGGGAACCUAGAACAAGCCAAUGAGGAGCUGCGGGCCAUAAUCAAGAAGAUCUGGAAGCGGACCAGCAUGAAGCUGCUGGACCAAGUGGUGCCCCCAGCGGGUGAUGACGAGGUCACAGUUGGCAAGUUUUAUGCUACUUUCCUGAUCCAAGAGUACUUCCGGAAAUUCAAGAAGCGCAAAGAGCAGGGCCUGGUGGGCAAACCCUCCCAGAGGAACGCCCUAUCCCUGCAGGCUGGCUUGCGCACGCUGCAUGACAUCGGGCCUGAGAUCCGACGGGCCAUCUCUGGAGAUCUGACGGCUGAGGAGGAGCUGGACAAGGCCAUGAAGGAGGCUGUGUCUGCUGCCUCUGAAGAUGACAUCUUCCGGAGGGCCGGUGGCCUGUUCGGCAACCACGUCAGCUACUACCAAAGUGACGGCCGGAACGCCUUCCCCCAGACCUUCACCACCCAGCGCCCACUGCACAUCAACAAGGCGGCUAACAGCCAAGGCGACACCGAGUCGCCAUCCCACGAGAAACUGGUGGACUCCACUUUCACCCCCAGCAGCUACUCAUCCACUGGCUCCAAUGCCAACAUCAACAAUGCCAACAACACUGCCCUGGGCCGCUUCCCCCGCCCCGCUGGUUACCCCAGCGCAGUCAGCACCGUGGAGGGCCACGGGCCCCCCUUGUCUCCUGCAGUCCGGGUACAGGAGGCCGCAUGGAAGCUCAGCUCCAAGAGGUGCCACUCCCGGGAGAGCCAGAUCGCCAUGGUGUGUCAGGAGGAGGUCUCUCAGGACGAGACCUAUGAGGUGAAGCUGAGCGAGGACACAGAGUACUGCAGCGAGCCCAGCCUGAUCUCCACAGAGCUGAUCUCCUAUCAGGAUGAUGAAAACCGGCAAUUAACACCACCUGAGGAGGACAAGAGAGACAUCCGGCAAUCUCCAAAGAGGGGUUUCCUCCGCUCUGCCUCACUAGGUCGAAGGGCCUCCUUCCACCUGGAAUGUCUGAAGCGACAGAAGAAUCAAGGGGGAGACAUCUCUCAGAAGACAGUCCUGCCCUUGCAUCUGGUUCAUCAUCAGGCAUUGGCAGUGGCGGGCCUGAGCCCCCUCCUCCAGAGAAGCCAUUCCCCGAGCACGUUCCCCAGGCCGUGCGCCACGCCCCCAGCCACACCCGGCAGUCAAGGCUGGCCCCCGCAGACGAUCCCCACCCUGCGGCUGGAGGGGGCCGAGUCCAGCGAGAAACUCAACAGCAGCUUCCCGUCCAUCCACUGCAGCUCCUGGUCCGGGGAGCCCGCGCCCUGCGGUGGGGGCAGCAGCGCCCUGCGGAGAGCCCGGCCGGUGUCCCUCACUGUGCCCAGCCAGGCUGGGGCCCGGGGCCGGCCCUUCUACGGCAGUGCCAGCAGCCUGGUGGGUGCGGUCUUGAUUUCAGAAGGACUGGGGCAGUUUGCUCAAGAUCCCAAGUUUAUCGAGGUCACAACCCAGGAGCUGGCUGACGCCUGUGACAUGACCAUAGAGGAGAUGGAGAACGCCGCCGACAACAUCCUCAGUGGGGGCACCCAGCAGAGCCCCAACGGCACCCUACUACCUUUUGUUAACUGCAGGGACCCAGGGCAGGACAGAGCGGGGGGCCAAGAGGGCGAGAGCUGCGCCGGGGCUCGGGCGUGUCGGAAGAGCGAGGAGGAGCGCCAGGACAGCAGAGCCCACACCGGCAGCCUGUAGUUGCUAGGGCUGGGGAGACGCUGGGUUUUUUAUUUGUUUCAAUGUUCCUAAUGGGUUCGUUUCAGAAGUGCCUCACUGUUCUCGUGACCUGGAGUUAACCGGAACAGCGUCUUCAUUCAUUUCGUUGGGACAAGACGCAGAGUUGGGUGGUGUGCAGAGUCCGUUUUCCGGGGGGAAAGAAGGCAGCAACCCCAGUUUGUGUUGUGUCCACAGAGGUAGAGUGGUGAGGAGGAGUGGAAGAAUCAGGGAGGGAGAGAAAGAGAAGAGACGUCUGCCCCCCCACACUCCGGGCAUGAAGGAGAACCUCAGCUUCCUGCGGUAGCCCUCACCAAAAGGACCCUAUGUCAAACGGGUGUCUUUCAACUUUGCUUGUAAAAAAAAAAAAAAAAAAAAAUCAUUUUGCACAUAUUCUGUAUGAGCCUCACUGUCUCCAUAGAACCAGGGCCCUGUGGAUUUGCAGAAGGAAGCAGGGGUGUGACUUCAGCAAGGACCCAGCAGGGAGUGUGAAGAGGAACAGCAAGAGGCGGCGGUGGGAGCUCAGGAACCCGAACGGGAGAGGAGCGCAACCGGCGCUAGGCAGCCUCAAGGCCAAGGCUCCGCGGCCACCCCCGCCCUGUCUGCGUCAGUAGCCCAGUACCUGCACAGGCCCACCGAGCUCCAGACCAGCGGCUGGGCCUGCUUCGGGCGAGGGGGCGCUAGCACCGCCUGCCAGGGAAGGAGCAGCCCGCCCUUGACGAGACGAGGUGGUGCUGAGCUUCUGUUGAGUGCUCUUUUGUUUUGCGGUUUGACGUUUUUCUUGAUAGCAUGUUGCAGUUUUCGUUGUUUUUUUUUUUUUGUUUUUUUGGGGGGGUUUUUUUGUUUGUUUUGGUUUUAUUUUAAUUUUGCUUUCCCAGGGGGAGGGGAGGAAGAAGUGUUUACAAAGCUUUGUAGCCACCCACCUUACUGUUUUCACCUUUGCAAAUGUAAAUCGGGUUUGGUUUUCCUGUAUUAUUUAAACGGUUGUGGUUUUCUUUUCCUACGGUAGGUUCCUUGGAGGCGCAGUGGAGGCGCCGUAGGCAAGUUUUACCAGCCAUUGUGUAUGCUCAAUAAUGUGUUAUAAUUUCCGUAGGUAGUAACAAAAAUUUUUUUGGUUUGGUUUUAUAAUUUAAAGGUAAUGCACUUGAUAUGGUCUUGCACAUAUGGGUGGAUUGAGUUGGGUUCUUUUCAAUGCGGGGUGUAUUUCCGGGUGCCAGAGAGAGGAAGCUUGGAUGAGAGAGCCUGAGUGUGUGUGUUUGUGUGUGUGUGGUGGGUUGUCUGGGCACCUGUCAUCUGUGUGUAUGUACACCUACACAGUACGCCCAUGCGUGAAUGAGUAUGUAGCUCCCCCUUUCUGGUCUAACUGUGGGGAGAUCUGAAUCUGGGGCCAUAUGAAAGCAAAAACAAACCACUGUCUCUGUUUCUGAAAUGGGAAUCAGUAACUCUUUGCAUUUUCUGUCCCACAAGAUAUGCAAAAACAAUGCAAUAAUAUUCAUUUUAAAAAUACAAUUGUGAGUUGUGUUGGCAUUAAAACUGUAUUUAAAAAACAUACACACAGAGAAAUUUAAGGGAAAAACUCAAGAAGGCGUUUUGCUUCGAUAUAUUCCGUGUAAUGUUUUAUUGCAUUGAUAAUGUUUCUGUUGAAGAAACUGUUAUACUUGAAUUCAGGUCAGUUUCAGUAUUUUACAAAUAUUUUUUUAAAACUGAAUUGCAAUUGUGCCAAGCGAAUAUAAUGAAUUGAAUUAAGUUUGUUUUUGAAUUCACUUCUUGUAUAUUUUGCUGCAUGUAAGUAAAUCAUUUUGUAUUUGGAGUGUGACAAGCUUUACCCUUGAGCUCUGAAGUGCUUUUCUAUAUGUGAUUGGGGAAAAGGGAACAGAUAUUCUUUUAAUUUGUACAAUGAGCAAAAGCAUCACCAGUGUAAAUCAUUAUUCUGCGAUCCACAAAUAGGUUUGGACAUUACUGUUUUGCAUAUCUUGUGUUCGCUUCUGUUUCCCUCCGUUUUUCCAAAACUAUAUGAUAAGUAUAUUCAUACUACGCCUUGCUUUGAGAGACCAGGACAUGUCUUAUUCCUGUCUUCAUUCUAUCCAUUCUGCUCCAGUUCUCUGAUUUGGACUUUGUCUAGGGGCAGUCCUGCACCAUGAGCAUCAACAUCCCCAUGGGAGAGGUGGCUGGCUUUACUGUCCACUUCUGCAAACUUUCCUCAGUGGUUUCCUCAGAAAAGCAUACACUGACUGAGAGGAUGGAACUAGAGUCGGGCUGCCUGGAGGGCAGGGAAUCCUUCCUCUGGCAAGUGCUCUACCCAAACUCAGACAGCAGGGGCCAGAGAACAGCCACCAGGUAAAACCUUUGUCCAUCCAAAAGUCAGCUCUGUCUUACUUCCUCUUUUCCUGGCUCUGAAGCAGGAUUUCCUCCAGAUCUACCCUAGUGUGUGUGGCAGCCAUGGAGGGGACCAGGACCAGGGAGGACCCGUUAGAGGGUCACAGUGAUAGUGGAACUAGAGACUCUGUGGGAGCAUCUCUUAGACCUGGUUACAUUUGCCUAGAACAUCAGCUUAUCAGUGCUGUUUCCUUCAGAUAGAUUCAACAAUGAUGGUUGAAAAGGAAGUGAUUUGGGCAGGACCCAAACAUUCAUCCAGGAUUUAACCAGACUGGAAUGUCUUCCAGUCCCGGUGCACUCUCAGCCCUUACAUGAGCAACCUAGAAAUUAAAGUUGGGGAAAGUGAAAUCGAGUCUCACUUUCAAGGACUGAUCCAUAAAAAAGUGGAGAAGCAUGCCAGAUACUCCCAGGUUAACUUACAAUCUAGAAGCAGGAGGGUUUCUUCCUGUUUCUCUAAGCCCAAACCAUCCAAACCUUCCUGGUUUCUUUUCAGUGCCAUGAAGGCAAUCUAGAGUAUCCUCUGUCCAGUUUCCCAAGAUGUGUACCAGUGUGCUGCUAAGAUUUUAGUUGUGAUGGAGAGGGGAGCCCUUUUGGAUCGAUUAUCUGGUUCUUGUACAUUUGGUCCCUGGAUAGAAAUUUGGACUCUUAACUGACCACACACACACACACACACACACACACACCCAACACACUCACACACUCACUCAGUCUUCAUGCUGCUUUCUUUUUCCUUUUGGGCUUGUCUUCUGCAUCACCAGAUCUCAUUGGCCAGUGGCAUGGGCUACAGCUACCCCUAGAGCCCUGCCUGUGUGUGGCCCCUUGCCCUUCACCACUCACACUUACGGGGUCGCUACUUCUUCCCAGACAGCUCUGUCAGAAGACCGGCUAGCCUUGCACCCUACAAGGACAAUGUCAGCAGUGACAGGAGCACCUGGCCCUAUGCGGCUAGGAAGGAAAGGAGUUUCAGAUAGAAGUUUCCUGUGUAGGGUGAUGGGUCUUUCUGGCCUGACCUCAUGACUGACUGGAAGAGGACUGACAUAGGAGACCUGUCAUCAUGCAGACCGGUAAAAUCCAUCAUGAAAUCAUGAACCUCCUCCGCAGUGUAUUAAGUGACAUCUACCCCCCACCUAGAGCAAAACUUUGCCCAUGACUGUCAAAUCUUCUGAGAACCCUUGAGUGGCAGGAGAAAGCAGCCAAUGGCUGAGGACCAACAGGACUUGAAGAAAUGUCGUGUAAGUUCUGGGGGUUGAUAAACAUGGUAUUUAUUUGUCCUCUGAAUGGCCCAGACUCUUCUAUUUCCACUUUGGCUUUCUAAUAACUAGUGAUGUGCCUGGCUAUUUUGAGCAGAGAGAUUCUCAGUUGUCUUCUUUCUGCCUGUUUCUAGAAGUUUCUUUUUGGUCUUGAGGCAAAAAGAGGAGAAUGUUUUCCUAUAUUUUGCUUGUUUCAUGAAUUUUUCUCUGCUCUGCUUCAGAGGCUAUUAUAGUCCCCCCGUCCCAAACCUUCUGACUCUGAGUAGGAGGUCCAAGGACAAAGGAACAAGGCUUCCUUACCAUCUUGAUCCUGUGACCCUGCUUCCAAACCUCAGGGGCUUGUCUAGAGUGAAGUUAUUGGUUCCUCACAGCCAUUUUCCUUCCAGAACAUCUCCUGAUCAUUCAGCUGUAUAUAGUAAGGCAAACACAGGAGAAGGGUACAUUCCAAUGCCUGAGAAAUAAGAAAACCCUGAAAAUGAAGAGUCUGGAAGUCAUCAAAAGGGUUUCAUCAUUCCUAAAGGUCAAGACAUGUAACAGGAAGCUAGUUUAGCCAUACAGAGUAACCCUGGUAGUCACAUUUUUAGCCUCAUCAAACAAAAAUUAUAAAUGUUGGUAAGGAGGGUGAUGGCAUCUCCAUCCUGAGGGACCUAGAAAAAAUGAAGUAUCAUUGUCUAAGAGUUAGAAACCGUUUAGCAAAGAGGCCAGAAAAGGGCAAUCUGGUUUCAAGAGGACCUAUUUAAGCCUCAAUUUAGUAAAACACAGACUUGCUGAUAAGAGUGCAGGCCAGUUCUAUUAUUUUAAAGACAUGGCUCUGGUCAGGGGAAAAUGUUGGCACAGAGGGAACUGGAGGGAAAAUGCAGACAAAGCAAAGGGCAUGUCUUGACUCUUUAUGCAUCUGUUCCUAUUUUAUGGAAAUGACCAGUACAGAGGAGAGGCUAAUGCCUCAAGCAUCAAAUUUGGAAAAAGAGAAGAAUGAAAUUUUAAUCAUUGUUUUACCAGACAAAUUAACCUAUCUGGCUAGAUGGGGAAUAGCUGCCACCCUGUUUUUCCUCUCUGCUAGUGUUCUCUCCUCAUAUUAGCUGGCAGGCCACCUAAAAUCAGCUCCAGCUAGUCAGAAGGCAUGAUGGGAAGCCUAAUGUCGCUCACUGUGAAGCUCUUAGUCACCACAUCCAGGCUCCCCAUCAGCCCCCUCGGAGGAGACUCAAGGAAAAGAGACAAGGGACCCAUGUGUCCUACAACAGAUAUGGGAUCAUUAUCCCAUUCCCCAAGCCAUUCUCUCUACUCCAGCCUCCUGCCUGACCCCUACUUUCCUUCCUCCCCCAGUCCAGUCAAAAGAACAGACGGUUGAAAGGAGUCCAAUGUGCAGAUUCUUAAACAGUUUCUUUGUGAAGCUAGUUCUGGUUUUAACUCUAUUUUUUUUUUUAAUUUCGAAACAAUGAACCAUUGUUUUGUGAAGCCAGAUAUCAAUGUAACAGGUGGUUUCUGCCAGACUCUCACAUGGUUGGGAGACACUUGAACAUCACACAUGCACAUACACACUUUCAUCCUCAUGCACACACAGGCACACACAUACACUUCCUUAAGGGACAGGGGCUAGUGCUGGGGUUGAGCUCUGCACAAAUGAGGUUUUCCUCCCAGAGGGCUGAGCACUAUACAGAGAGACGUGGGGAGUGAAGCAGAGUAACCUCCUGGGGUAGAAUUUAGUGUCAUCUAACCCUAUUAUUACUGUGAUCUAAAUAUUAUUUAUCUGCAUUGAGAAAUACAACCACUUCUACAAGCAGACUUCUCCCUCACGUGAUUUCCAGAGGCUUCCUCCAGAGAAGAUGAAGUAGUGAAGGCUCUUCAUCUCUCCAGUGUACUAGAAAAGCCUUUUGAUCAGUCUCUGGAAGGGAAUUAGAGAUUGCUAGCAGCAUAUAUUGAGCUGAGUUGAACAAAUCAAUUCAACACUGAAAGUGGAGUCAGAGUCAGGACUUCCACGGAAAUCCCCUCUCUCUCUACUGAAUUAAGGAAGACAAGACAAAGACUAGAUAAUUAAACAAAAGCUUGAAAUGUUACAUCACCCAAGUCAAAUAUCCUCCCUUCAGAUCACAUGCUGGCCUCCUCAUAGCUGUACUCUCUCUGAGGGGACACCCAUGCACCCCACUUUCCAGAAUCUACUAGAUUUGAUAAAAUCCUACUGUUUUGAAAGAAUUCCAGCAUGACAUUUAACCUCCCAUAAAUCAGACAUUUACUACAAAUUUGCCAUCUAAAAAUCACUCGUGUACCUCAUACAUAAGAAUGUUUUACCUAGGUCAUUAUCAAAGAAGUCUCUUGGUGGAAGAGGUUGUACAUCUUAAGGAAGGGUCAUUUCGAUGUUGAAGAAAUACAGAAAUGGACAGGAUGGUUCUUUUUCUCAGUUUGAGCCUGGAGAACUCUUGUUCUGAUGUUCGUGGAGCCCUCAAGCGUAUAAGCAGAGGGAUGAGGAAGAUGACAGUGAGUGGGCACCAGCCUUGGCAUUGAGUAACAGCCAAGGCUGGCUGAAGGCUGCAGAUCUCGGACACUCUGCCGGAAGUCUCCCCUGAGCCUGUCGCUGGGAGGGGAACGAGAAGGCUCCCUUCUAUAGAGUCAUAGGAAGAACAAAAGAGGACAGGUCACUGCGUCCUGUUCCAAGCCUCCUUCCCCUAAGAUUUCCCAACAUGGAGAAAUGACAUCAAGGCUUAAAAGAAGAAAAAAAACUUGGGAAGGAGGGUCGACAGUUGUAAACAAACAACCUUGUGCAAAGGGCUCCUUCAUAAGGCCACUCCAGUGACCCAAAUGUUAUGGGCACUUUUCUGCUUGCACAUGUCACCCACGCAUCAGAGCUGCAUCCCAUUCUCCCAAAUUCGUAAUCCACCUCUUGGUUUCUCAACAAGGUUAUGCACUACCCCAUAGCCACUUCCUGUCCUGCCCAGAACAUGUGCUGUUCUCCCAGAGCCUCAUGGGAAUAAGGUCUAGGACCAAACAGGCCGUGGAUAUCAAAGGCAUAAACAAAUCUGGACAAGUCCAUGACGGUAGUAGUUGAGAAAACCUGUGGAGAAACACAAGUUUGUUAAGAAAUAGGGUGGUGGGUCCCUAGCUGGUGACGCACUAGAAUGUCUAUUACUCUCAUAAUCUGCUUGUUUUAUUUUAAUACCCAAAGCUACCAAGCAGAACUUGGGUCCACGUCAGAGGCUCCAGAAACAACCCCUCCUCCCUUCUUUCCUCAUGUCCUCCUGCUCAGGCCCAUCUUCAUGCCCCCAAACCAAUCUGUAUCACGCUUGCCCUCAGCGCAACGCAGAAAGAUGGACAGUCCUCCAUCGUCAUCCCACUGCCUGUCACCACUCCCACACCCUUGCGCACCCCACACCUCCCUCUCCAGGCUCCACGACUUCAUGGUCUUACUGUUGUAAAUACUAUUGUACAGUUUGUAAUCAUCAAAUAAUCCCAUUGUCAAAGGCCUCGCCUGCUGCGCCUUCUCGCCCUCGAGAAAGGCCAGGGAAUCUGGAAGGGGUAACCUUUCGAGAAGAGCUUCAGGGUCAUCUCUGUGUGAGACGCUAUGUAUAUUCCUGUAAGAUUGCAUUUUUAUCUAAGGAAUGAUGUUAUUUAAAAAAACAAAAAAACAAAAAAACAAAAAACAA